GUCUGGCAAGACUGCGGGCACCGAGUCAACAGGCACGACAGUGGGCACCGGGUCAUCAGGUAUCGGAUUGUCUGGCUCGACAGCGGGCAUCGGGUCACCAGGUAUGACAGCGGGCACUGGGUCACCAGGCAUCAGGUCAUUUGGCUUGCCAGCGGGCACCGCGUCAUCUGGCAAGGCAGUGGGCACCGGGUCACCAGGUACCGGAUCAUCUGGAUCAACAGCGGGCAUCGAGUCAACUGGCCUAAUAGGAUCGUCGGGCUGGAUCAGUUCAUCAUGCUGAGUAGCGGCAUCAGGCUGAAUGCAGGCAUCAGGCUGAGGAGAGGCUUCAGGCUGAGGAGAGGCUUCAGGCUGAGGAGAGGCAUCCGGCUGAGGAGAGGCAUCCGCUGAGGAGAGGCAUCCGGCUGAGGAGAGGCAUCCGGCUGAGUAGAGGCUUCAGGCUGAGUCACGGAAGGCAGGUUCACCGGUUUGGAUACUGGCAGGAUGGUAUUGGUUGGAAAG